GAAGAGUUUAUGGUCAUGGAUGAUCUGACGUUUGGAUUGAGCAAACCGUGUAUUCUCGACUUGAAAAUGGGAACAAGGCAACAUGGUGUCUACGUCUCUCCAGAAAAGAUGGCUACUCAAAAGUUUAAAUGUGAACAAUCGACAAGUGGACAGUUGGGUGUGCGUGUGUGUGGUAUGCAGGUCUACCAAGUGAACACAGGACACUACGACAUUCAAGAUAAAUACACUGGACGUACACUAAAUGAAGAAUCGUUUAAAGAUACAAUAAGACACUUUUUAUUUAAUGGCAAUCGAUUCAUAAUUGAAUUUAUACCUAUUCUUUUAAGCAAAUUACAUGGUUUAUAUAAUGAAAUUAAGAAAAUGAUUGGUUAUCGAUUUUAU